AUGGGGAUCAUGGGUAAAUAUGGGAGGCAUUAUAGCAUCUCCCUCCAGAAGAUGGUGAAGAAGAUUGAGAUCAGUCAGCAUGCCAAGUACACGUGCUCUUUCUUCAGCAAGACCAAGAUGAAGAGACGGGCUGUGGGCAUCUGGCACUGUGGUUCCUGUAUGAAAACCAUCGCAGGUGGCCCCUGGGCCUACAAUCCCAUUUCUGCUGCCACAGUCAAAAUCUGA